AGCGGCAUUUUCAUCAAGAGGAUUUAGUGCAGCAGGAAGCUUCUGUAACUGAGCUGGAAGAGUCUGCAGCUUUCACACUUUGGUUCGUUUAUUUUAAUGUAACAGGUAGUUUGUGCUGCAGUGGGGUGAAGGAGUGAGAGCAGAGAGGAGAGGGAUGCUCUCAUCACAAAGAAAGCUGGAUUGUUCUGGGCCGAAAUUCCCAGGCGCGUUUUCAGAACUGAACACUUUUACCUCAGAUGCAAACACACUGCCUGCUCUUCUGGUCGAAUUUUUAUUUUUCAUUCUUUCCAACGGCAUCAGCUAAUUGCUAGAAGGAAGACAGAGACUGAUCAGAAACUUGGAUCUUUUUCUGUGGAGCUUCAGCUCAUCAUCAUUAUGGAGGAAAAUGUUCAAGGAGAACCUGAGCGUCCAAAGAGCUCUGGAGAGGAGUCCAACCGGGCCAUCCUGCCUCUGCUGCAGCAGCCCGGGAUUCAGCAGUCCGACCGGGUCACCAACUUCUACAUAGACAACAUCUUAAGGCCGGACUUUGGCCGAAAGAGAAAGAAAGGCACAUUAUGUGUUCGGGGAGGACACGGGCUGGAGGAGAGGAGCGAGGCGUCAGGGAGAAAAGCUUCCAAAACGGACUCAAAGCGCGGCAGGGCAGGAGGACGGGAGGACAGCUUGGGGAAGUCCGACCACCAGCCUGCGGAGUCAGAGGCGAGCGGCCCCGGGCUGACAGCCUGCGACUCAGGGAUCUCCUGCCGCAGCCCCGAGAGCAGCGAGGCCCCGGCGGCUCCAGCGGCCCCAGCAGCCAAGCCGAUGCUGUGGCCGGCCUGGGUUUAUUGUACCAGGUACUCCGAUCGGCCUUCAUCAGGGCCCAGAUCCCGCAAACCAAAGAAAGCCCCGACCCCGAGCAAGGAGGACAAGCGGCCCCGGACGGCCUUCAGUGCCGAGCAGCUGCAGCGGCUGAAAGCGGAGUUCCAGAAGAACCGGUACCUCACCGAGCAGCGGAGGCAGAACCUGGCCCUGGAGCUCAGCCUCAACGAGUCUCAGAUCAAAAUCUGGUUCCAGAACAAGCGGGCCAAGAUUAAAAAGGCCUCCGGGAAGAAGAACUCUCUGGCGGAGCACCUGAUGGCGCAGGGGCUGUACAACCACUCCGCCGGCCGGGAGGCGGAGGCCCACUCCGACAGCGACUGAAGCCAUCACAUCACCAGCAUCCUGGGCCGGUACCGCCGCUGUCUGACAUCACACAGUUCUGCGCGCUGGACUGUUUAAAGCACGACUGACAGGGCUGCAGCCUCACAGACAAAUCUCCUGAAAUGUUUUAGAUGUAGAGUUCUUUCAUCUUGAAGGCUCAGCUGAGGCAGAAGGCCGGCCCGGAGCGCUCCAGGCCGACCAGAACCACCGGCUGACAGCGUGGCUGCUGGAACCCAAAGACAGCUCAGCUGCUUCAUGGUAGGCCUUCUGUUUGUCCAGCUGUUCUGUUGCUGCAUUUUCCUUUGUGAGUCAAAGCUCAGCUAGGUUUCAUUGUAGAGCUGAUCUGGCAGCAGGCGCCUGCAGAGCUGCUAGUUUUCUAGGUUUUCAAUCAUUUAUGGACCUGACCGGAAAUGCCUUUGGAUCUGUGGUUCCAGUGCUGCCUUAUCGCAGUUCCCCCAAUUUCCCAGCAAACUAUCGGUGUCAAUAAGUGGGAUCAUGCGCUCUUAUUUAUAUCCAACACAGCCAGAAUCCAGAGCAAAGACGCUCUGACAUGUUUACAUAAUUUAUUUUUCUACACAAACCUGUCUUUGAAUGCAACGUUUGGCGGAUCAAUGAAUAUGAAUCCAAACCAAAUGUAAGCCUUACAAUGCAGUCCACAUUUUUGUUUCCUUAAAUUGAUUCUGUUUCCUAAUGAAGAUUUUAUGUUUUCAGUUGUUUUUGUCCAUUUCUGAUAAAAUUCUCCUUUUAGACAACAUGUAAAUAAUUUAUG